AUGGGAGACGCUGCGACACCUCGAUCUGGUCUCAUUGACGAGUUCCUACAGGCCAUGGAAGAUCAAGCAUCAGAGCCAAUGCCAGUAGACCGACCAGUCGCAAGGCAAGCACAGCAACGACCAGACCCAGUGCAAGUACACCCAGCACUCACAGAUUUCUACAUCUUCUGCGAUCUUGUUACUGUCCAAGGCGCGGAUGUUCGAUACUCUCCAAACUGGAAUAUGUUUUUGAACAUGGGAUUCAAGGGAACUGAAGACGAACUUGCUAAUAUUUUGCAUUGUCAGACUAAGUUGAUUGACCACAGCGAUACUGAUCAUGCGGGACGAACUGCAGAAAUCAUUGAUACAGCGACGGCAUCUUAA